AUGGCGUCAUGCUUAACGUUAAAACGACCACUUGAACAUGUUGAUCAUCCAUCAGCACGAACACCAUCUCCUGCCUCAAAACGACGACGAUGUGUUCCGAUGACAAUAAUACAAUCACCCGAUUCGAACGUCAAUUUUGAUUCGACUAUGUAUACAGCAACAGAAAUUGCUACGAAUCAGUCAUCAUUUCCUGACAUUGAACCAGUUAUGUCUUCAGAUGCUUUAUUAGAACGUAUCAAAGAAGAAAUAAAACGUUUACAUCGUCGACAUCAGUUGAAAUCACAUGCAGUAGUACAACAACCUUCAAGUCCAUCAUCAGAUUUAUCUGAAGAAGAAAACACAGGUGAUUUAGCAGCAUCAAUGACAAAUACAUCAUCCAAUGGUAAUGGUAGACAACAACGUGAUCGUGCUCAAAGUCAACCCUUAUUAUCAUUAAAACAAGUUAACGAAAUAUGUGCAAGAUUACUAAACGAACGAGGAGAAAAAAUAAGAGAAGAAUAUGAUCGAAUAUUGGCUAUGAAAUUAAAUCAACAAUAUGAAAGUUUUGUUCGAUUUACCCAAGAUCAAUUAACUAGAAGAUUUUCGGAAUUGCAGUUUUCUUUUUUUACUGUACCCCGUGGUGAUUUUGGGGUAUUUGGUGUUUUACAACUGCACGAACCACUUGGUUUCUCACUUAAUCCUAGUCCCACAAGUACAAUUAUGGUACGUGCAGUAAGAACUGUUAAAAAUAUAAAAAAAAGUUGGGAUUCGGAUAAAGCAUUGAAAAGUACCUACACUGGUUUUAUUGGUAAACAUCAAUUACGCGCAUAUUUAAUUUUAUGUUUUGGUUAUGCUGUGAUUGUAUCAUGGAUCAAUAAUGCACCGAAUUUUACUCUUUUACCACCAAAAGAUCUGAAUUGCACAAAAAAUAAUGAAAUAAAUUUACCGAUACUUACUUAUAAUCUAUCAACAACAUCCUCAUAUGAAAAUAUCACAAUACUUAAACAGCGCCAACGUGUACCUGAAUAUUCUUAUAGUAGAGAAUAUGGUCCAACAGCUAUUACCGAAUUCAAAAUUAUGUGUAACGAUGUCAAAGUAAAGAUUCCAUAUAUUGCUUAUAUUUUGGGUUUAAUAAUUGGUGGAUUAGUAUUCGGUUAUAUGGCUGAUUAUAGUGGAAGAAAAAUGAUUUUAUUAGGUUCAAUAUGGACUACUGGUGUAUUAUCCUUAUUCCAGUUAUUAAGUGAUGAUUACACAUCUUACAUAUUUUUUAUAUUUUUUGUGGGUAUAUUUGUUGGUUCUGUCCAAGUAAUAUUAGUACCGUAUGUUAUCGAAAUGUUUCCAAUUAAUUCUCGAGCUAUUUAUGGUUUAUCGCUGAGUGGUGCUGUAUUCAUAUUUGAUCUUGCUUUACCAUGGUUAGCAUUCUUAAUUAAAAACUGGAAAAUUUUACAAAUUGUUAUAACAAUACCAUUAAUUGGCACAAUUGUUUUGUUAUGGUGUACAGAAGAGUCAAUAUUUUGGUUUACAACACAAAAAGAUUAUAUAUCAGCUGUAUUAUCUCUAACAAAAAUAGCCACUUAUAAUGGUGUAACAUUUCAAAAUUUAUUUCCAGAAGCAAAUGUUUUUUUACGUGGUAAACGUUCAAAAGCCAUUCAAUGUGAUUUUCAACCAUUAUUAAGAUUAGAAGAUAUAGCCACGCUUGGAAUAAAAUAUCCUGAUUUUGAUAUGCUUGAUUUGCGUGGAUCAUCAGAAAAAGAUACAACAAUACAACGUCUAUUAAAUAUUAUAACUGGACAUCAUUAUUCUCCAACAAUGUCAGCAUUUUAUCCAACCGACUAUCUUCAUUCUUCUAUUUUAACAAUUUAUCUACUAGUAUUAUGUGGACUGUGGCUAGUCAGUGCAUUAACUGAAUAUAGUUUAGAUACAUCGCGUUUAGCAGAAAAUUUAACAGAACAUUAUUUUCUUAAUUAUUUUUAUCGACAAUUGAUUGAGAUUUCUUCAUUUUUAGUUGCAUUUCAACUUGUUUACAAAUGUGGAAGAAGAUGGCCGACGUUUUGUUUCUAUUUAAUUGGUGAAGUUUGUCUGUUAGGCUCUGUUAUUGGAAAACUCGAAAGUGAAUAUAGUCGUGCGACAUUGUUAGUAAUUUAUUUUACUGGAAAAUUUGCAGCUAGAGGAUCAUUUCUUGUUGUUCUAUUGUAUACAUGUGAAAUAUUUCCAACCGGUUUAAGAUGUACGACACUUGGCAUCUGUUAUAUGUUUCGAUUUAUUGGUAUGGCACUUGCUUCAGAAAAUAUCGGUGGACUAAAUGACUGGACGCAUCGUCUAGUGUACGGUCUUUUAUCACUCGUACUCGGUGCAUUAGCUUUGCUUUUGCCGGAAACAAAGAAGUUCCCAUUGACACGUACCAUGGUUCAGGUUGAAGUAAUGCCAUCAUCAAUUAGUAAAAAGUUUCGUCGACGUCGUUCUGUUCUUGUUAAACGAAAUAUUCGUAAAGAUGGAAGUCGUGGAGGUGGUAAUGACGGAAGCUCAAUAGCCAGUGGUAGUGUGGCGCGUUCUGUAAGGUUUACACCGUCAAAUUAUGAUUGCCAAUCCACAAUACACAGUGUGUAUGAAUUACAUGAAGUUGAGACAGGUAGUGAAGUUGGUAGAGUACAGGGUAUAUUGCGACGUUCGAGUGAGCAACAACCAUUAAGACAUCCAAUAAGUAGCUAUAGAGAAGAGUAUAGACAACGUUCAAUGGCUGAACCAUAUGGUACUCUACCUGAACAAUCGGAUGAAGAGGAUGUUGAUGAUGAUCGUGUGCGGAUAGCUCAACAUCGACUGCCACCAGUUCGUGAAAAAAUAUCAGAUAAAGAUGAAUUAGCGAUAGAAGACAGAAAAAAAUCAGCAUCAUCCACACCAUCACCGUCAUAUUCUCAAAGAGAAGUAACUGCUCAAAUUCAAAGUGGAGAUGUGACCCAUGGCGGUUUGGCACCGUCAUCCGACGUUAUAACGACAACGAACAGUGUCGCAAUUGGCGGCAAUGACCAUCAAGAAUAUGAUGAUAAACAACAAAUUAAAGUUUAUCCGACAGAUGAUAAUCAGUAUCAUGCAAAUUCCGAAGAAGAAAACUAUUUUUCUGAACAUUUAUAA